CCAACCAGCCCCAGUCAGAAGCCGUCCGCUCGGUGGUGGGGAUCGUGAGAAGCGGUAAAACCUGAGGGGUUCCGCGGAGAAGUGCCACCUCCGCCCAUCCCCUUCUUCCUCUCCUGGUCUCCCCCGUCGGACGGUGGUGGCGCGAGUCUCCUCGCCGUGCCGGCUUGCUUCCUAUCCCCUCCCGGGCAUCAGUUUAGCGCCCUGCCUAUAUUUAAUCCAGCGGGAAACGAUUGACUUAAGUCAUGGAGGGGAACAAAGAUGAGGCCUUGAGGUCUGUCAAGCUUGCACAGACUGCGCUAGCAUCUGGAGAUAGACAGCAAGCAGACAAAUUUAUCCGAAUUGCCCAAAGAUUGGAUCCCAGCCUUCCAAUUGUUGAUUUGUUGACCUCAACCAAGAAGUUUGAUCCCCUGAAUCUGAAUGGUACUGCUUGCCAGGACAAGACCAGAAGAGGCCAUGAAAACCUAAAAACGCCAAAAGAAUUUGUUGGUCCUUCUAAUGUUGAUAAAGGUUACACUGAGGAGAAUGUUAGAGUUAUCCGUGAUAUCAGGAAGAACAAAGACUACUAUGCAAUUCUUGGAGUGGAGAGGACUUGCUCCUUGGAGGAGAUUAGGAAGGCCUACAGGAGGCUGUCACUGAAAAUUCACCCUGACAAGAACAAAGCUCCUGGGGCAGAGGAUGCAUUCAAGAUGCUCAGCAAGGCUUUCAAGUGCCUAGGCAAUGAUCAGUCACGGAAGACCUAUGAUCAGACAGGCACCCUUGAGGGGCAUGAGUUUAACGACCAAUAUUCCAAUGUCAUGAGGCAGAGAACUGCUAGGCGAAGGAGGCAAACAAGAAAUGGCUUCUAUAAUUAUGAAGAAGAUUUAGAUCCAGAUGAGAUAUUCAGGUCUUUCUUCUAUGGUACUCGUGAUAAUUCAUUCCGUGGUCACAAUGUCUACAGAACAAGAGAAGCAGGUAGGCAGGAGCAACAGAGAAGGGAGCAUCCUGUACAGGGUGGGUCGUUCAUAAACUUAACAGUAUUGAUGCACCUGUCGGUCGUAUUACUUUUUGUCUUGUUUGCAUUCAUUCCAGUGCAGCAGCCUCAAUAUGCCCUGCACAAGACAUACAACUUCCCCAUUUCAAAAGUCACUGAUAAGCAUGGGGUGGAGUACUUUGUCAGCAAACAAGAUUUUGAUCAGCAGUUUCCACAUGGAAGUCCUUCUAGAGAUAACCUCGAGGAUCACGUUUUCAGAGAUUAUAAGACUAUGCUAGGAAGAAACUGUCGUGUGGAACUCCAUCGGCGUAAAUGGGCCAAUGACUACCCUACGCCUCACUGUGACAAGCUACGGAGCCUUGAUGUGGCAUAAUAGUGCCCACAUGGUGAUUAGUUUGUUGUCUCCAUUGCGGUCUUGCAGAAGUUCACUCUCUUUGAAGGUGUGACAUGGCAAGAUUUUAUGAAAAAGGAUGAGCAAUAUAUUUCUAGUUUGUCUGGUGCCCUACCUUUUAUAACGUUUCGAUGACAUAUUAAGAACCAGUAAAUUGUCGGCUACAUGAAGAAGCUUUGAUGGCUGGCUAGCUAGCUAGCGUGUACAUGGUGGAGUUCAAUCAGGCGUGAUCUUGGGUUCAUCAGCCUGUCAUUCUUCUGGAGCAAUUACCAUUCUACACCUGCGAGUGCAAAAUUUUGUGCAGAUUAUCAUGCUGGGGCCGCCUAUAGUUGCUGAGUGCAAAAUUGUGUACAUAUACGACUCUGAAAGAUGGCUAGCGAUCAUGAGAUCGUCAUUGUACUGCCUGAAACCACUGUUGAGUUGAAAUUCCCUGGGUUGGUUGUAGCUGCUGUUCCUUCUGAACAAUUGUAAACCCCUUGAAAUGAAAAUUAGAAAACGUGAACUGUGGACCUUUUGAAAUAAAAAUUAUAAAACGUGAAA